AUGUCUCUCGUGUACUAUGGCACACUAGUGGCCGAGCCAUCCGGGGUCGCGACAGUUCGAUUCUCUACCCCUGUAGUUCUUCAGACAAUACGAAUAAUCCCAACUGGUAUACCCGCUUUCAAAAAUGUCGAGAACUGUGUUGGAGAAACCACUCCCCCUCAAUUCGCUCUCAAGAUAUAUUCGAAUGCUUUAAUGCUGCCCACCGAUGCCGAGCCCAAGCCAAAGGCGUCGAACACGCUCCUUUCUACACAGCUCGACUAUGUAGAUGAAAUGCUGGAUUGGGACUUUGCAGUUUCACCACCGGCGUCCAGCCGCUUGAUGAUAUUUCAGGGCUCGUUCAAGAAGUUGACCAUUGCAAUCUACGGUCAACCAAGUGACGCCCAAGAGGAACCAGCAGCGGAGGUAUCCUCCACGACAUAUCCAGCAAUCGAAUAUCGGGCUCUCCCACCUCCGAUUGACAUUGCCAACCUAUCUGACUCCUCACAAACCGCGAAGACCUUACUGAAAGCAAACUCGGCAAAUCCACCUCUUCGGCACGUUUUUCACUCUUUGCUCUGCUACGUCACUACUCCUGAAGGACCUUUUGAUGAAUGGGAUGAGAGUAGCGGAAAUCCGUUGGAACGUUUGCUACAGAGCGAUGUCAUUGAUGCAAUUGAGCUUAUGCAAGAGGCGAUUCAAGCAUUGAGAAAGCCCCUCCCCGAGAUAGAGGAAGAUACUGCCACUCAAUUUAUUUCGCUGGUGAACGAGUCCUUGGGCGAAAACCCGGACCUUCAAACAUGCAAGCUACUUUUCGAGAUCCUAGGAUACGCUUCGUUACAAAGCGACUCUCUUGUUACAGCUGUUCUGUACGGCAUUUCAACCGUGACUUACCUUGCAGACCCACGACUUCUGGAAGACGACGACGUGCCUAAACAUAUCGAACGAUGGAUAUCGCACCCGUUGGUCGCAAGGUAUCUUAACGAACCCGAUAUACAAGAGUACAUGGUAGCAGGACGUGACCAGAUAACUUCAAGCGAAAACAUGGCUCGAUGGGAACAAAUACAGUCCGCUAUUACUUCCUGGGGAGACUUUCAUCUGGCUUUUGACGAAUACGACGAAUCAUUGCCAGAGAGGAUCCCCCGAGUCGCUCGAUGGUUGCGUCGCUCCUUUUCUGAAAGACACUUUGGGCCCACUAUGCUUUGGCGGCUCUGGAAUCAGCCGAACAUAUCCGACUUUUCGUCCGACGAGCCAGCUUUCCGUGACUACAAUAAUCUAUUACUAGGCACACAAGGCCCUUGGAAUGAUGCGACAACUUUGCUCGGGAGCUUCCGUGCUACGUUGAAAACGUACGUAGGAAUAGCCGGUGUACUAUCCAUUGUUUGGUGGAGUCGGUUUCCCCCCGAUGCGAUCGCUUGCCAAGCAAUUUCUAUUUUAAAGCUAUGGUCAGAGUCUCGAGGGAUCCGUGAGAUAGUUCAUUCCCUCGUACUCAUGCCAAUUUUUCAUGAAGCAUUAUCCGAGCUCUCUGUUGAUGUACCCCUUCAUAAGUCGGGCCUAUAUGCUCAACAGUUACUCGAAUCGCUUAGCGUCUCUAUUGAAGAGGUAGAGGAGCAUACUCCAGAAGUGGUCCCAGCUACCCCAGAGCCCCCGCAAUUAUCUGGACAUCUUGAGGUCAUGGCAGCAGUUCUCAAACAGCCACAAUUGGACGAUAUUGCCGUGAAGCGCGUCAGCCUUGCCAGUCAGCGCAUUCUUCAUCAAAUCAAAGAGUUACCAGAAGAACCGUGGACUAUCUUUGACGAAUCUCAUCAAUCGACUUCAGAGUCAUUCACACUCACACAAAUAGAAGUGCUCCGAAGGCUCAAGGCUUAUAUGGAUUCACUAAAGGAGCGAUUCACCGACACAGACUCGUUACCCGUGAUUUCUAGCUUGUUGAUAGCAUUCAGUAAUAUUCUUGAGACGGUUUCACUUUUGCUCCCUUACGCCAAUAUACCGGCGCCCACCGCCAGAUCCUUGAUUCAUUCUGCUUCUGCCAUGUUUAUCUCCUCUGAAAUCAUCCUGUCGCGAAACCGAAGGCAGACUCAGAUAACCGAACCAUCCCACUUCUUGCGGCAAACAUGUGUCCAACUUUUCCGUACAUUGGUUGAACUGGAUGAUUCGGAAUCUGGGUUCCAAUACCCGGUUGCAGACCAGGUGUUACCAACGAUACUCGCUGCAUGGAUAGAGUUCGAUGUAACGGACACAAUGCACAUCGCCGUAUCUCAGACGGCCGUUCUCCUCGAUCUUGUGAUCCCCCAAUUAUCUCAAGACGACGACCGAAGCGAUGCACAGAGCUAUUGGCUUCAGCAGGUGGUACGCAACCUGCCGCGGUUCGACCGGUUAUUAUCGGUUCUUCCGGUUCGACAUUGGGUCACCUUGGUCUCGCGGUUGGUCUCCCUCGACGGAGUAGACACAAACAUCGGUCUCAGCUCAUGGUUCGCAUUAAACGAACUACAAUCCCUAAGGGCCCUUGUUUCACGGAUCACCUUGGAUGCUGCGCCAGGCAAACUCGCCGUUAUGCUCCGUGUGGCAGAUAGAUCUAUUGGCCUUCUUGUUGCCCUCUUUAGGGACAUUCUACAAGACAACACCAUCGAGACAGUUGUACGAGAUAUCCAAACAAUAGCUAGCCUUACCCAUUGUCUCGAAAUCAUAGUCGAUAACCAUGCAACCUCGCUUGCGACAGCUGAAUUAGCGGCGCUGCUCGCGCCAUACGCGAUCCUUGACGACCCACGAGCAUUGAGACGCCUGUUGGCCACGGCUUUGCUACGAGGCUCCCGUGUGGCACCGUCCCCAUACCCGCUCUGGCUGGCCAUUCCUCAACUCCUAGUUCCUCACCGAAUGUUUGCAACACGAGACAUGGAUCUUGAGGUCUUUGGAACAGACAUUGGGCUCGCGUUGGCGAAUUUGUGCGCCCAAUGGACCGAGAACGAACAGCAAGGAGCUGAAAUCUGGGAAGGUGUGGUGCGAAUCUUGGAAUGGUUGACUGAACUCGACGAUAUCGCGUCAGUCCGCUUGCACGGUCUCGACCCCUCGACCCUCGAAAUCCUCCGAUCGCUCGUCGAAAAAUACGUCCCGUCCCGGAUAAGUGCAUUCGACCUUGCGUAUGGCCUUGUUACGUUUUCGGCAGACGUACCAGAAGACAUUGCCGUAGCUACAUCUCUCAUACCCAACAAUUCAAAUCUCCAAACGACGACCUCGGACAUCCGAAACGCACUGAGCCGCUCACGAGCCGAAACCAGUCGAGAAACGACCCCUCAGCCGGGUAUGAGCCACAUCGAACUUUUGGCUCUCGCAAGCAUUUCGCCGCGGGCCCCAACAUCGCCCAUAUCGCCCAACGCGCCUCUGAGUCUAACUAAAAUGUACUCGCAAAACGAGUUUAGGUCUGUAUGA